GUGAUACGAGUAAGGUAAAACAUUAUGGAACCCCAAACGGAAACAAUAACACAUGAGCUAUAAAUACACCUUCCCUCCAAAUCUCCGGGUUACAUAAACAUUUGAAAACGAGAGACGAAUCACUAAUACUGCGAUUUUGAAGAUGGAAGAGUAUUUGCAGUACAUGAAGAUUCUACGCUCUCACAUGAACGAUGCCGAGGAUCAAGCCGCAAAGAUUUCUGCAGAAGAACAAAUGCAAUUGACGAUCAUUCGCACUUUGGAAAACGACAUCGAUUCAGCGAAAUCCGAAAUUGCUCUAGUAGUUGAAGAUACCGAUAAAAUGAAUAAGGCGAAAGUUGAGAUAUGCUCAAAGAUAUUGGAAAAACAGAAAAAGAUUGCCUCGUUGGAGUCUGAUACAUCCAGACUUACACAGACUAUGGAACUUAUUCAGCAAGAGAAAGUUGGAUUAUCUGCCAAACUAUUAGAGAAGAGAGCCUACUAUAUGAAGGUUGUAGAGGACAUGAGUGCCAAAUUCCAAAAGAAUCAGGAAUGGAUCAGAACUAAGAAGAUUAGCAGCGAAUUGGAGCAUGAGUUUGUCAAGGAUAAAGUUGAUGAGCAAAGAAGUGAAGCUGGAGGCAUGGCUAAACACUUUGCAGCGAGGGCUGGUGGUGAUGGUAACCGUGUCAUAGAUAAUCUGGGGAGUGAUGCAAGGAAGAACUUAAUCACUGACUUGGAUUCAGCUAAAGCAAAGCUUGAUGAGAUUCUUAUUCUGAAAUCCAAGACUCUUAUGGACAUCAACAAGAUUAAACUUGCUAUUGAGGAUGUCAAGGUCAAAGAAAAUGAGUUUAAGCCAGAGCUAAAAGCAGCUGAUAUAAGUGCUCUUGAAGAGGAAUAUAAUGCUCUUUUGUCAGACAAAGCUGGAGAAACUGAAUACUUGCAGUCUAUAGAGAAACAAGUAGAGAAACUCAAGGAAAUCUGUCAUGUGAUAAAAUGUGCUUGUGGUGAGGAAUACACAGUUGAAUUGACUACACAGUAGCAGUGUUUGAGAACAUGAAAACUACUGGAGGCUGUUAGUUCAGUUGUUCAUGCUGACCUUGAUUAAGAUAAUAUUGUAUGCCCGUUCAUAAUUGAUACAUUUUGUAAUGAAUGUAUGGAUCCUUGGAUUCUGAUUGUAUUUUCCAUUCAGUAACAGAUUUAAACUGAUUCCUAGGCCAAUAUACAGGGAUCCACGGCAAUUUUAUCAAAACAAAAGCUGUCCCUUACAAAAUAAAUGAAUGUUAUAUACAAACCAUGCCUUGGUUACCACUCCAA